AUGGCGGCGGCACUUUCUCGAGUUAUUGAAAAACAUCGACCUGACCUGGAGCCUCUCCAGCAGCUGUACAAACAUCUCCAUCUGAACCCAGAGCUCUCCAACCAGGAAGUUGAGACUGCCGCGACCAUCGCCGCGAGGUUGAAAGAAAUUGGCCCGGAUGACUUGGUGAUCAAGUCUAACAUCGGCGGGCAUGGCCUGGCGGCCAUUCUACGUAACGGGGACGGCCCUACUGUGCUUCUGCGAGCAGACAUUGACGCUCUGCCGGUGGAAGAAACAACAGGGCUCGAGUAUGCGAGCACGAAGCGGACGGUCCAUGCUGCCACGGGUGUCGAAAAGCCCGUGAUGCAUGCUUGCGGCCACGACAUGCAUAUCGUCACCUUGCUAGGUGCAGCAGCGACCUUGUUUUCUUCUCGAGAGACGUGGGCUGGGACGCUGGUUCUGGUAUUCCAACCGGCGGAGGAGCGAGGCACAGGAGCUCAGGCGAUGGUUGAUGACGGCCUAUACACUCGCCACGGAGUGCCUCUGCCAGAUAUCGUGCUGGGAGCUCACGUAAGGCCGCUACGUGCCGGCGUAAUUGGCACAAGAAGGGGGAUUGUCGCCACCAGCGCGGACAGCAUGAAGGUGACCAUCCACGGCAAGAGCUCGCACGCGAGUAUGCCACAUACUGCCGUGGAUCCCGUUGUCAUCACUGCUACUACAAUCCUCAAACUGCAAACUCUGGUGAGCCGGGAGACUGAUCCUGCUGACUCCAGCGUUGUCACGGUGGCGACUGUGCAUGCCGGAGAUGCCGAGAAUGUGAUUGCGGACUCAGCCGUGUUGGGCAUCGAUACUCGGUCAACCACAGCCGCAAACCGAGAGCGUAUCAUGGGCCGUAUCAAGGCCGUGGUGGAGUCGGAGUGUGCUUGCGCCCAAGUCCCUAGACGGCCGGACUUUGAGCAGACGCGAUCGUUCCCAUUGACUAUCAACAAUGAUGCAGUGACCAAGAGGGUUGAGGAGACCUUUUCAGCCCACUUUGGCGAGGGCCCUGAUAAAUAUGACAAAGAAUCUCCCAGACUUAGCUUCAGCGAAGACUUUCCAAUUCUAGCUACAGCUAUCGGGAAGCCCUAUUGCUUCUUUACCUACGGAUGCGUUGACCAUGAGGUUUGGGACAAGGCUGAAAAAGAGGGCACCAUCGCUCAGACCAUUGCGGCGAAUCACUCAUCCAAGUUUGCACCAGUGAUUAUGCCCACUCUGCAAACUGGCUCGGAUGGAUAUGCUCUUGGAGCGUUGACGUUCUUAGGAAAAGAGCAACCGGCAUUGUCUCAAUAA